CAGUCAGUUCUCAUAAGUGUUUGUGACUUCGUCCCGUUCACAUCUAUUGUUUCCUACGAAAUUUAUUUUACUUAACAACAAAAUUUCCAAACCAAACGCUCUGAGAUGCCUCUUAAGUGCAUAAUCGAGUGCGUCCAUAAGAUAGCACACAACCUAAUCGUAGCCCGGCCUGCGGUGCCGAUUACAUGCGGAGGCUGCCGUGUGCCCGCCAAAGAUGGCCCCUUAACCAAUAUAAUCUUCUUCACGGCAAUCUUUUGGCCUCUGUACGUGUGCCUCUUGAAGGAUGCCAUCAUCCUGCUGAAGGACAUGGUCAAGAAGAUGAUGCGCGAAUAGUUGAAGCGACAUUUAUACAGUGAUCAUAGCUCAUAAAUCAAACAAGUCCAUAUAACACAUUCGAAAACACGGCUCGUUCUAUCGACCAACUAAUACUCAACAUGUUUGGACCAUACUCGUGCCUGGACCAGUUAGGAAUUCCAGCAUCUACGUUUUUUUCCUCCACAUUUUCGGGGCGUUGCUGUGGGAAUUCCUCUGGCUUCCAAAAAACGAGCUAUUUUACUACACAGACAAAAUAUUCGUACAAAUGUAAACCAAAACAUCAAAUACACAAAUAAACUGUUGGCAUCGUC